ACCUGUGGCAACCCAAUCUGAAUAAGGUUGCAACCAAAAUCCAAGCUUAACCCUAUAGAAAAUGUAUUCACUGUGCUUAAAAGCCAGAUUUAUACCAGGAAACCAGCUGAAAUGAGCUAUGCCAGUUCUGCCAAAGGGAGAACAGCCAGAAUCGUACUGACAUAGUAAGUUUAAAACAGCGUCCAGUGAGGAAGACAUGGAUACGAAGCCAAAGGUGAACAGUAGUGACUAACGUCAGACUGACGAGGAGCACUUCCUCUCUCAGAUUCAGCUCCGAAUGAAAAUACAGGAAGUGAACUGUUGGUUAUCUUCCGCUCCGGACUGCGUUCACUGCUGUCACACAGGAAUUUCCCAGCUUCUGGGAUAAAUAAGAGGAAGACGGGAUAACAGGCUACAUAACGAGUGCAGCCAGCUGCCACAGGAAGUGUUUACGUGCGGGUCAGCGGCGUGAUCAACCAUUAACCAACCGAGGCUCGGGUGCAGCAGGAAUGAGCAUACAGACACGGGCUGCUUCAUAACAGAGACCCACGGCGGCCAGGUAUGGGAGCUGCUCCAAGCCAAUGUGAGGGUGUCACCGAGGACUGUCUCCAGCCCAGCGGGGCGGGACAGGAAGAUUACAACCAGCCUAUCAGUGAGAAGGACAGCAUUAAGAGGACCAGCUUGAGCAGGAGAUGCAGCUCAGCAGACACUGUUCACUGUCCCACCUGUCAGGGCACCGGGCGUAUACCCAGAGGUCAGGAAAGCAAGCUGGUUGCUGUCAUUCCCUGUACUGACCAGAGGCUGAGACCCAGACACACGAAGCUGUAUGUUGCCUUGUCUGUCGGGCUGUGCCUCCUGGUCAGCAUCCUGGUGUUGUUCUUCCUGUUUCCGCGCUCCGUGAUUCUGUCUCCAGUAGCCGUCAAGUCAUCCUCUGUUUACUUCACUCAUGACGGCGUGCAGAUUAACAUCACGAACGUGUUGAACAUCAGUAAUAACAACUUUGCAGCGGUGCAGGCCUACAACCUGACAGUACAGGCGCUCAACUUUGGCACGGUGCUGGGAACGGUGUCCAUUAAGAACGUCGUGUCUGUCAAACCUCUGUCCAUGAAAACGUACUCCUUCAUGAUACCCAUCCAGCUGACAGACCCUGGUUUGAGUAACUACUGUAAGAAAGAGUCAUUGCCUGUCCAUAUUCUGUAUGUGAACCUACAGAUAUCACUGACAGUCUUCUGCCUGGCCCGCUAUGAGCAGCUGUCCCUGGAGACGUACGAGUACAUCGACUGUGGAGCGAACAACACCGUACCACACAGCAUACAAGCCGCAUCGACCUGAUGGAGGCACAGAUAACAAAUGCUGUGCACGUGUCUGUGAACUAGAGUAAUGUGCUUUGUAAUAUUUAGAGCAGGAUGCUGUCUUGGCUGGAUGUUGAAUGACUGGAAAAUCAUUGUGAAGGUUAACAGCUGCUUUGGUUUUGAAUUAAACUGACUCUGCCUGGGCUGCAGAGGAAGGUGAAACGGUGCUGUGGGCCAAACCAGUGAGCUAAGGUGUCCCGUUCACAUGGUCUCACUGUGAUGUGCUGGAAGUCACGUGGUAACCAUGUGACCCUGAUCACUGUAGUCAGUCCAUUAAAAUGGCCCAGCACCUACAGGAUGGCACCCAGUGUGGUCCAGCAUGUGCUGCCCCCUCUGUAAGCUGGAAUCCUAUAAAUCAUUCGAUGGCAUGUCUGCUAAUGAUCUUCAAAUAAAGCUCAGUAUUUGUCUUUUUGAGAGCUUAUUCACCAAACUUACUGCAAAAGACAUGAGCAAGUAUUCCAAGUAUGAUCGUCUCUGUUUGAAAGUCGCUGUUCAGUAAUUGUACCUUCAUCAUUUUGGUCUUCCUCUCCUUAGCCAAGUUCUAUUUACACACAAACACACACCUGCUCUUCAGGGUUUUGGGGUUUUUCUGUAUAUUUUCUGCCUUCUCUUUAUUUCUUGUGUUUAUUAUCCAUCUGAAGUGGAAGUGUGAGGCUUUGCAGCUACUUUUAAAAAGAUCUUUAAGAAACUUUAUGCAUCAAAAUACCUUUGCAGGUCACACAGCCUGUUAAAAUGAAUUGGCUUAACAUUUAAGUAAAUGGAGUCUUUAACACAUGUAAGUGCAGUAAUACCAUGUUCUGGUUUUUGGUGCAUUGAUGAAAUGACAGCGCUAAAAUGACGCGGUUUCCUGUAAAGCUUCCUGACACACAUUUCCUCUCCACAAGUCCAAUAAAGCUAUGUGAGCCCGUUUGA